CUCUAGUACACCCCACCCCUCGAUGCCAUGUUGUACGAGCUAAUUGCCAUUGUCCGCCCGGGCAGCCUCAACGAGGUGCGAGAAAUCGCCCGUAAUGCCGGUACCCAAGUCAUCCGCUCCGGCGGCGUCGUUCGCGGCUACACCAACUGGGGCGCCUUCCGUCUACCCAGAGUCACUACGAAACAUCAGGCCCGAUACACCGAAGGUCACCACUUCAUCAUGCGCUUCGACUCCUCCGGCUCUGUUCAGUCUUCUAUCCGCCGCACUCUCGGUCUCGACCCGCGUAUGAUCAACUUCUCCGUGGUCAAGCUCGGCGACAAGCUUGAGGAGAUCAAGGACAUCGAUGGCAAGGUCGAGUGGAACAACGUUUCCACCAUCACCGAGCAGAUCUAAUUGACGCAAUUUUUUUUUGACGAAAGUUUGAUUGAUUGUUGAUAUCAAAUUUAGAAGCGUGGAUCUGGAUUUCAGCACUUUUCUUUUUGUUCUUUGUAUUAUUAUGGCACGGGCAUUGGGAACUGCCACUCGAACCUAUCAGCACAAUCGGCGCAUAUUGUACAAAAUACCAGUUUGAUCUACAAGUCUAUUUGUGGCUGUUACUACA